CAACAAUUACACAAAAUCAUAACUUUUAUAUAAAAGAAGAACGAGAAAGAUAGAACAACUUUGUAUCAAUCUACUUUCUUGAGAUGCUUUCCAGAAAGAUUCGUAUUGCUGCUUUAGUCUUCGUCUCUACUAUUCAUGCUGCUACUCUUUCUAGCUCAGCAAAGAUUACUCCUCAAGACUACAUUGGCCUGGGAAAACUGGCUCUUCAAACCACGUAUCCUGCUUGUGGUAUGCCUUAUAGCGAAUUAAACUUGACUCGAAUUACUGCUGUUCAGAACAUAAAUACUGCUUCUACUUGUGGUCUUUGUCUUAAAGUGACAGGCACAAAUACUGGGAGGUCUAUUUAUGUAUUAGCUGUGGAUCUUGGCGGAAGUGGAUUAGACACCAAUGUCAACCAAGGUAUUAACGCAUCUUCGAUGACUACAAAAACCAAGACUACUAUUGCCCGUUCGUUUUCGAGUACCAAAAAGAUGGUUUCUACCAAGAAAAAUACCUCUAACAAGAGUGUUACUACAAAGACUACCGUCAGAAAGUCCAAUCGCUAUUCCAAGGCAAGAAGUAUCAAUAAAAUUAUUUCCAAACACAAGAAGCUUAAAAAGACGACUUCUACUAAAAAUAAAACAACAACUAAACGCCAUACUCGUGGUAGAUUGCAAGCAAAGAGAAAUAAAUGA